GGUCAUUAAGCAGUCUGGAACGUUGUGGUGUCAUGGUGCCCGUAUGUACCGCAAGAUAAUUGCCAACGAGGAAUUUGGCUAACUUAGGACUGCUUCGGCCCUAAAAGCCGGUACUGGGAAGACACAGCUCAUGUAUUACCAGUCCCUAACCCAAGGCCAAGCUGCGCUGACUGGCUCUAGGUCCUUGGUUGUAGAAUACCUCUCAAAGUUCAAGAAAGUAGCUUACUUCUAUUGUGACUAUCACACAUCCGGCAACAAGAAUAUCACAACUGGAAUCGCGGCGGCCAUCCUGCGUCAGAUAGUUAAUGCUAAGACAGAUAUUCCAACGGCGGUAAAGGACAUGUAUCAAACGCUAGGGAACGGACGUAGUAAGCUGAAACUGGAUGAUAUCACAACUUUAAUCCACCAUAUUUCCCGCUCUGAGCCUGGUUUGUUCAUCGUUGUUGAUGCCAUAGACGAAUGUGGCUCCUACAGAAAGCCCGUUCUUCAGCUUCUAAACAAGAUUUCGAAAGGCUCGGCCAAUCUGUUGAUAUCGGGUCGAAGUCAUGUUACCGAGCUUGACCGUGUCUUCGACUCCUAUUCUCAACUUGAGAUCAAGACUCCCGCCUCCGACAUCAAGUGUUUCACGGAAGGGAUGAUCGCAUCUAGCGAACUCUCGGAGCUUAUACCAGACCACUCAAAAGAUGAUAUUGUACAACAUAUAUCAGAUCAAGCAUCUGGCAUAUUUCUUAUAGCGGAAUUAAAGUGUCUACAUCUCACUCAUCUUUCUCGUUUCUCGGAGAUAAGAAACGCAGUUCGAGCUCACUCAAACGGACUCGAUGAUCUUUAUAAGGAGUCUAUGGAGAGGAUCAUGCUCCAACCUUACGAAAAGAGAAAGACGGCUACGAGAGCUCUCUCUUGGAUCUAUCAUGCUAAGCGUCAAUUAUCUAUCGAAGAGCUGGUGCACGCUCUUGCAAUAGACUGCAGUGAAUCGAUCCCGACGUAUGAGGAUGUGGUAUCAGAAAAGACGGUCCUUAAUGUCUGUGCCGGUCUAGUUAUGGUAAAUGCCAAAGAUACAACUAUUCAAUUUGUCCAUCACACACUACAGGAAUAUUUCGAGGCUUCGUAUCAAACAUGGUUCCACAACGAGCAGCGAUACAUCACCAAGGCUUGCCUUAUCUACUUACGCUUGACAUCUCCAGAACGAAGCGUCACCGAUUCACUCUCUUCCUAUCCAUUUUUGAAGUAUGCGGCGAAAUACUGGGGAGCCCAUGCGAGAGACGAAUACCAUGAAGAGCUAGAUGAUAUUGCUUUGGCCAUCUUUCGUAAUAACUUCACACUAGAACAGAUCUCUAUUCUGAUGGACAAUGAUCAGACGUCAAAAAAGAAUAUGCCCAUGUUUCCCUGUCAAAACCUCGCUGUCCAACUGUCGGCACGAUCCGGGGCAUUGCAAGUCUUGAAAGUGCUCUUUCGGCACCAGCUUAGUUUCGAAGGUGCCGAUCCCAGUGGUAGAACAGCUCUCCACUGGGCAGCUAGGGGAAACUUCGUGGAUGUAGUUCAAACUCUUCUACAUGAAGGCGCCGAAGCCAGUCCUAAAAUGAAGAACGGGAUGACUCCUUUCCACUGGGCCGCUAAGCACGGCCAUGAGAGAGUCAUUGACGAGCUGAUGCCUCGUAUCAACCCAGCCGAGGCGACACUAGAUGGCCGGACGGCCCUUCACUGGGCAUCAAGUCAAGGUCAUAUCUCCAUUGUGAAGAAAUUGGUCGCUGAUAACCGAGUUGAUGUGGGGUGCCAGUCCGCAGAUGGCUGGACUCCUUUACACUGGGCCGCUGUAAGUAGUAUCAAGGAACACUUUCACUCCAUCUUGGGUAAAACGAUCUUGCCCAAACCCUUGAAGGUCAUGCUGAAGGAAAAUUACUAACUUCUCUUUCAAGUGCAGUGGUAAGAGAGCUGUUGUCAUGUACGGGAUUAAAAGCGACCAAGAUACGGGUAACCCGCCCACCGUCUCUCGCGAAGUCUUCUCACUAAGUGGUGGCGAAUCAAGUGGUCAUGAGGAGGUGACAAAGUUUCUUCUAGAGUCGGGGGCCGACCCAAAUGUGAGGAAUAAAGAAAAUCAGACCGCUCUACAUUGGGCUGCCGUAUCUGGGAAUCCAAGGAUCGUGAGCCUAAUACUCUCCAAGGGCGCCGAAUCGAGCAUUCAAGACAUUCGUGGCCUUACACCAUGGCAGUUUGCUGUAGAGAACAGAGCGGAUGAGACGGCCAUCAAGCUGCUCGCCCCUCCGAGUCAAUAGAAACAGGCACGAAAAGUCAUCGAUUCCCAAGAUGCAUCUGCAAUGUUGAUUCGUGAAAAUAGAUAGGUAGCUAUUGAUAUCAAAGUUUUUC